AUGGACACAAUCACUCCCGAUUGGACCAGACUUCCUCGAGACCUCCUCACCUCAAUAGCAACACGUCUCCACACACGAAUCGACAUUCUUCGUUUUCGUGCCGUUUGUUGCUCAUUUCGAUGCAAACUUCCUCAUCCUCCAAAAGUCAUGUUCCCAGAAUCCAUUUUAAGAACGACUGACUUCCUCAAAGGUCCCCAUCCUGACAAUGAAGACCCCUUUGUUCUCACGGAGUGUACUGUUUACGCCAUACAGCCCCUUGACGACGAAACGUCUCCAACAUGGUUGGUCCAAGUCCAAGAGUCAACUUCAGGUAAAGUCCGAAUAAAGGAUUCCCUCUCUGGAUUUCAUUUUAAAAGCUUGGAAAACAAGUCUUUGAACUUGUUGGAUUAUAGGGUCAAGGAAAUAAGUAAAUCAUACGUUUUUGAAUCGGCUGCUAUCCGUGAAGAUAAAGUCAAACUCUAUGAUAGAUAUGGCUCUUAUAAGAUGUCCUCAGAAGAAUCUUCUGUUGUUGCAAAAGUGGUUUUUUCUUCUUUUCUUGAUGAGACCGUUGAUGGGUUUGUUGUCAUGGCGAAAUUUAGAGAUAAAGAGCUAAGUGUGUGGAGAAAUGUAGACAAGAAAUGGACUAAUAUUAACAUAGACCUUAGGUUUCGUGAGGGUAUUCUAGAUAUGGUUUAUCGUAAUCACAAGUUCUACACUGUCAACCACCUGUAUUCUACUGUAAUUGUGGAUUCUAAAUCUUUGACUGUUGUGGAGGUCCAGUACCCAGGAGGUCUGGAAGGUCUGUCGUAUCUGUGCUUGGUGGAUUUGUCAAAUGAGUUACUUUUGAUUGCCUCGUACGAUCGGGCCUUUGAAGGUUAUUUUAUAGUCUUUAAGCUUGAUGAAGAGAAUCAUGAGUGGGUUCGGGUGACAGUUGGAUUGGAGGAUAGCGUGUUUUUUUGGGUGGACCUUUAUAAUCUGUUGUGUCCGUUUUCUAGGUAUGACGGUAUUAAUUUCAAAUAUGAAGAUGUUGAUCCAUUUGGUCCAUUUGUUAAGAUUUUUAACUUAAAGGAUCAUUAUUCUUCUGAGAGAAUUGCAUAUUUUCCUAACCCUCUCUGGUAUUCAUCAGCUAGGUUACUUUGA